AUGUCUGACCAGCCAGAGUCGUCUCCUAACAACACGAACAACAACAAUGCUGUGAGCUCGUCGCCCGCUCCUGCGACAGGGUCGGGUUCCGCUCAACCUCAACCCUCUUCACCUGCACUGUUUUACGCCUCUUCGUCAUCUCAGCGGGACACCUACGAACAAGAUAGCGCUACUAGAAAUAGCAGACAACGAGUGAACUCGUCGUUCAAUAAUGAUGGCAUGUCUCCUUUCAAUUACCCAUCUUCGCAAUCCAAUACCGGUCAAACACCUAGCUCACAGAGAAGAAACCAUAGCGGUAGAACCCCACUAGGAUCUUCUCUUGGCCUACCAGGAAUUGCGACGAGACAUUCUGAUAUUCGGAGCGACUCGUCUUUGUUUCAGCACGGCUCUUCAUCAAGGGCUAGAAUGAGAAGAAAUGACGUGCAACCUUCUGACCUGUCUUCGCCAAGAAGAUUUUAUUCAGGGCUGGCAAGAUCUGGCGACAAUGCAUACUCGUCCUCUUCGGACGCUCCUUCAGAAUCGACGGAGCCAAUGAGAAUUAUUUGGGGUACUAACAUCAGCAUCCAAGAGUGUGCCACCAAUUUUCGCAAUUUUUUGAUGUCCUUCAAGUAUGGUUACCGUAAGAAACUUGAUGAAAGGGAACAAUUCAUCAAUCAAACGACAGACGAAGAACUAUACUACGUUAAUAUGCUAAAUGAAAUGCGAGAUCUUGGUGCCACUAAUCUGAAUUUGGAUGCGCGAAACCUUUUGGCGUUCAAGCAGACAGAAGACCUAUACCACCAGCUUUUGAACUAUCCACAAGAAGUCAUUUCGAUUAUGGAUCAAACGAUUAAAGACUGUAUGGUCUCACUUGUUGUUGACAAUCGACUGGACCACAAUUUGGAUGAAAUCGAAACCAAAUUUUAUAAAGUGAGACCUUACAACGUGGGAACCCAAAAAGGUAUGCGUGAGUUAAAUCCUAACGAUAUCGAUAAGUUGAUCAGUUUAAAGGGUUUAGUUCUCAGAGCCACCCCUGUUAUACCGGACAUGAAGGUUGCGUUUUUCAAGUGCAAUGUUUGCGACCAUACGGUUGCUGUAGAGAUCGAUAGAGGUGUCAUCCAAGAGCCAUCCCGGUGUGAACGUGUCGACUGUAACGAAUCCAACUCUAUGUCAUUAAUCCAUAACAGGUGCUCGUUUGCCGACAAACAGGUCAUCAAGUUACAAGAGACACCCGACACAGUCCCGGACGGUCAAACGCCACAUUCUGUCUCGCUGUGUGUUUACGACGAGUUGGUCGAUUCUUGUCGUGCUGGUGACAGGAUUGAGGUUACAGGUACCUUCAGGUCUAUCCCUAUCAGAGCGAACUCCAGACAAAGAGUGCUGAAGUCUUUAUACAAGACAUACGUUGACGUGGUGCAUGUGAAAAAGGUAUCUGACAAAAGACUGGAUGUUGACACAUCGACUGUGGAACAGGAGCUACUUCAAAACAAAAUGAACAACAAUGAGAUCGAGGAAACGAGACAGGUUUCGGAUCAAGACAUUGCCAAGAUUCGCAACGUUGCCGCAAGAGAGGACUGUUACGACUUACUGUCGAGAUCUAUUGCCCCCAGUAUCUUCGAAUUGGACGACGUGAAAAAAGGUAUCCUACUACAACUAUUCGGGGGUGCCAACAAAACCUUCAAAAAGGGAGGGAGGUACAGAGGCGAUGUCAAUAUUCUUCUAUGUGGUGACCCGUCGACAUCGAAGUCACAGAUUUUGCAGUAUGUCCACAAGAUUGCCCCCCGUGGUGUAUACACCUCCGGUAAGGGUUCGUCAGCAGUCGGUUUGACUGCUUACGUCACGAGAGAUGUGGAUACGAAACAGCUGGUCCUGGAGAGUGGUGCCUUAGUACUGUCUGACGGUGGUAUAUGUUGUAUUGAUGAAUUUGACAAGAUGAGUGAUUCCACUAGGUCUGUGCUGCACGAGGUAAUGGAGCAGCAGACAAUCUCUAUUGCGAAAGCUGGUAUCAUCACCACUUUGAAUGCGAGGGCGUCUAUCCUGGCCAGUGCUAACCCGAUCGGGUCACGUUACAAUCCACACUUACCAGUGACAGAAAACAUCGACUUACCACCACCUUUGCUUUCCAGGUUUGAUCUUGUGUAUCUAAUUUUGGAUAAAGUGGAUGAAGCCACUGACAGAGAGCUAGCGAAACAUUUGACGAGCAUGUACUUGGAAGACAGACCCACGCACGUUUCGACGGAUGAUAUAUUACCCAUAGAGUUUUUGACAAUGUACAUCAACUACGCGAAGGAGAACAUACAUCCCGUGAUUAACGAUGCAGCGAAGAAUGAGCUGGUGAGAGCUUACGUCGGGAUGAGAAAGAUGGGCGACGAUUCGCGGUCCGACGAGAAGAGGAUCACCGCGACGACGAGACAACUGGAAAGUAUGAUCCGUUUGGCUGAGGCGCACGCGAAGAUGCGUCUUUCCCAGACUGUCGAUCUGGUGGACGUACAAGAGGCUGUGAGACUGAUCAGAACUGCGAUCAAGGACUACGCUACGGACCCCAAAACUGGGAAGAUUGAUAUGAACCUUAUUCAGACUGGGAAGUCCGUGGUCCAGCGUAAGCUGCAAGAGGACCUCACGAGAGAGGUCUUGAGAGUGUUGACAGAGCACACGUCGGACUCGAUGAGUUUCAGCGAGCUGAUGCGGCAGAUCAACGAACACGCGCAAGAUAAAGUCGACUCCGGGGACAUCUCGGAGGCUCUUUCGAGACUGCAGCAGGAGGACAAGGUCAUUGUCCUCGGCGAAGGUGUGCGGAGGUCUGUUCGUCUCAACAACCGUGUCAUAUGA